AGCUUAUCCCUUGUUUGCCCGUUCGUUGGGGGCUCUGAUGAGUAAGACAUCAUCGACGGCCAACGUGGCCAUCCCGAUGGAUGAUGUUGCCGCACUUACAGCUGCAGCGGCAACAGCGGUACCCACAAGCACCCACCCAUCCGCCGUUGGGAGCAGCUCUGGAUUGCCAUUGGAGCACGAACACUCGGUCCACUCUGUGCACGACGAGCCGAUUCGCAAUCCCGAGGAUCUCGAGCUCCCGCCACUCCCGCCACCAGACACGGCCCGCGUUGCAGCCAUGGUCCAGGCGCUUGUCACCGUGUCCGCGCCUGGGCACGACGCCGUCCAAUCUCCGGCGUCAGAUUCCGCUUCGACUCCCACGCCGCCGGUCGCGACCACAACGACUCCUUCUGCUUCGGUUGCAAGCGCGACCACUCCUGUGACUGCUGGCGAUCGUGACGCUGCUACUCAAGGUGCUCCUGGUGGUGCUCAGGCGAAUCUCGUGCCCAGCCCGGACGUACCGGCAUCGCCGCUCGCACUUGUCGCACAUCCCGUUGGCGACAACCCCGUUGAAUUCGCCUUGGCUCAUGUGACAGGCCCAGCAACGCCGUUGAGGCACACCACCUCGGCGUUCACUCUCUUAGCACCAACAGGACCCCCAGUGGUGGCGCCCGAGACCACUCCACUCGAUGAUGCUGGACCCUCUUUUUUUGGAGCAGCAGCGGGCAGCGAGCGUACGUCCACUUCACAGUCACCUGCAGUGCUUCCCGACGAGCGCGUGGUGACCUUUGCUCCUUCAACCAGUUCGCCUCCAGACAAUCCCAUGCCCGAUAACAACUCGGACGCUGCGGCAGCAAUGACACUGGCGGCCUCGGCGUCGACCUCGUCUGGCACGUCCACAAAGCUCACCUCGAACAAGUGGCUCGUCAAACUGCAAGAAUCGCGUGCAGGGCUGAAAUUUCCGUCUCCGGUGGACUAUUUAGACAAGGUGCAAGGGAUGUUGUGGCUCCAGUCAGUCAUGGACGGGUCGACUGCGGACGCGAACAAACGCUCGGCUCCAGUACCUGUCUCUGCUGAUGCUGUACCCGCUGCACCAGAAAACUUGGCACCGAAAGGAAGCGAUACCGAUGCCAACUCCACUGGCGUUCAAAUUGAUGUGGCCCCAAGUGUCACCUCAACACAGCCUGGCGCUGACGGUGCGACAACUGCUACUGCGGCUACUGCUGCUGCUGUUGCUGCUGCUGUUGCUGCUGCUUCCACUGCUGCUUCCACUGCUGCUUCCACCGCUGCUUCCACUGCUGUUCUCAACAAUCCUCCAGGGCCCACGCCGCAAUCGAAUGCUACUCUUAAUUCUCCAGAGGCUUUUGCGAAUCGAAAGCAGCGUCGCCGACCAAAUCUUGCUGCGCGCUUCAUCACGGCAGCUUGGAAGGCGGUGGUGGACUUUUGGCUGUACCUCAUCUCGCGCCGCGGCCUGGACGUUGUGAAAACGGUGGUUGCUCUUCUCGUUGCUGCUAUUCUGACAUGCACUCCGUUCCUUGGCGAGAAGCAUGCCCCCGCCGUCUUUCAGUUUAUCGUUGGUGUCAGCCUGUACCCGGUGCACUCCACGGUUGGCGCUGCCUGCGAAGCCUACAUUCAAGCCGUUCUCGGGAUGACGCUUGGAGCAUGCUAUGUAUCGAUUCAACUUUCCAUCUCGCACGACGACCUCUACGUGAUUACAAUUGGCAUGUUCAUUGCCAUGUAUGCCGCCCAAGCUCUGCGCGGCUUCUACGAGCGGCUGACCAUCCUUGCCCUGCACUUUGAUGUGAUUAUUUGCUCUAGCGUCUUCUUUACGUUUACCCAAGGGCCGUAUUUGACAAUGUCCAUCCCGACACUCGUCUGGGGCUUUGCAGUCAACUUUAUUAUUGGCGCCACGAUUGCGUGGCUGGCAGCCAUCCUGGUUGCGCCCAAGCUCGCCACCACCAUCUGUCACGAGAACAUUUCCGACCUGUUCAAAUCGGCGGAGGAGUUGCUCCUCAUCAACACGCGCGGCUUUUUGAUGGAGUCGUUCGAGGCCGAUCGGGCGAAUGGCACCGUCGCAAUGACCAACGUCCGGACGAAAUGGGGAUUGGCGAAUGCUCAACUGAACGAUGCACUGAUUGAGCAAAGUUUGGGCAUUCCCCACAUUGGGCCGACCACCGAAGUGGUGAACAAGCUCUUUGCCAUCACGCAGCACCUGUCGACCAUGUCCAGCACGUUUGCAACCCAAAGGGGCGCUUUCGCGCCAGAGGAAAUCCGCGCGCUGGUGACACCCAUUCGAAGCUGCAUUACGGGGCUUGUGCAACACAGCGCGGAUGCCCUCAGCGCGUUGCAAAAGACAAUGCUGACGAAAUCGACCGAGCCGUUAGUGGGUAUUCCGCACAUCAAUCCCGUCCUCCAAGAGUUUGAUGCAGCCAUCGACGAUCUUGCCAUCGCAAUCGAUCAGGUCAGCUCUGUGCAUCGGCUUGGGAUAUCGCUCUUUAGCGCCGAAAAAUUCUCGGACUGGGAUCGCAUCUUUUUGUUACACACCUUCCUUUUCACGCUGCGCGAAUUCGCCAUUGACUUGUACCUUCUUGUUGGCCUUCUCGGCGAAAAUGGGCGGGUGUCCAAGUUCACCUUCCCUCGUGGCUUGAUACCGCAUCCCCCGGAGGUCGAGGCUUCCAUCUUUAUGAACAAGGGUGGCUCGGAUGUCAACUAUUCCACAGGAUGGCGUGCGAGACUGUACAAGCUGUCUCAGCUGCUCAACUCUCCAGCUUCCCUCUUUGGUCUCAAAUCCGGGUUUGCUUGUGCCCUCGUCGCCCUUCUCUCUGCCUCUGUCAUCUAUCCCAACUAUGAUGCCUGGCGUGGCGACUGGGCUGUGGUUUCUGUUGCUAUCAUCAUCCUGCCAUCUGUCGGAGCCACGUUUAUUCACUGUCUUUGGCGUAUUUUCGGAACGUUUUUGGGAUGCGCCUUUGCGGUCAUCGCUUCGUACGCUGCCGAUGUCACGAAUCCUUACGUGCAGUGCGCCAUGCUGGUAGUCUUCUGCUUCCCGAUGGUCCAUCUCAAGCUGCACACUGGCUACUCAAAAUUAGGCUUUAUUGCAGUGAUUGCCUACAUUGUGACAUGUUGGGCACAGUUCAACAACCGGCUCUAUUGGCCGAUAGCCUAUCUGCCAAUUUGGAAGAUUGCGCUGGGACGCAUGACGGAUAUUUCGUUUGGUGUGGUCAUUGUGAUGAUCUUCUCGCGAUUAUUCUGGCCCUAUCGCGCGCGCAGGGAGUUGCGCCUCGAGCUCGCCACCAUUCUGGACAACUGUGGUCUGGCUGUAUCUGGCAAUUUCGCCUUGUUCGCCCUCGGCGGUCAAGCGGCGGGCAGUAUUGUUGCUCGACGCCACGAAGCUAAAGCCAGCUGGCUUCGCUCCUUCUCCAAGGUCUGGCCGUCAGCCUUGCUGCCAUCUGCGUUGCGUCACAAUAGGCAUCAACAAGAUGACUCCGACACCCAUCCGCAUCCUCGCCAUUCCGCACCCAAUGUAACGUCUGCACCAUUAUCCUCUGAUCCAAUUUCCCCUGCAGCUACCAGUACCGCGGCCUCCACAAGUGACCCUUCCGCGCGGCUGCCGCGUCAGAAUCGAUCGUUGAGCGGGUUGACUCUCCCCCGCUUUGCAUCGACCGCAGACGAGGAUGCAACACACAUCAGCAAUACGACCAGCAUUGUGAACGCACGCGUGGCUUCUCGAGCAAACAUCUUCCCCAGUCAAGGACGCGCUGCCGCGAGCGCUCAAACCAGGGAUUCGCCAAGGCACCGCACGAACACCCCUUCCUCCCACCAGGAGCACAAGAUUGCUGCCUCAAAAAACCUCUCCGCCGCCAUCCAGAACUACGACCUGCAGCACCCACUCCAUCGCCGAUUUAGCGACGCUGGGCGAAUGUCGUUGCCGGCGGUCUUCCGCCACGCGUCCAGCGGUGCAGUGCUCCAGCGGCAAACCAGCACCAAUCGUCAAGCCGCUAUGGAAUAUGCGCCGCUGCUGCAAAGCGACCACGAUGACACAACCCAUCAGCUUUCCGGAUCUUCUACACGGGCUCAUUCACCGACCGACGAUCACUCGGCCACUGCUGCUGCUGCCGCCGCCGCCGCCGCUGCUGCUGCUGCUGCAGACGAUCGCUCGACCAUUGCUGCAGCAUACGCGCACGACCGCACUGCCGCUCGUCGCUUCACCCAAAUUCCUGGCGAAGGCCCUCAAAUUCUUGCCACGUCUCAAGCCGACACGGCAGUCGCAGCGCAGUACCUUCAGCGACAAAUCUACGCUCUGCAAUCCUCCAUCCGCCAGUCCAUCCUUCGAGCCCAGACGUUGGCCGCAAUGGCUGUGCUCGAGCCGAGCGUGAAGGGCCCGAUCAACAUUCGAAUCUUUGCCGCCCUGUUGACCGUUUGCCAGUCCAUCGUCGACCAUCUUACUGCCAUUCGCAUGUCGGUUGCUCGGGGCUUUUCGCCAGAGUUCCGCGAGAACAUUAUUGUGCCGCUCAAUCCGCUCCGCAAAAACAUGAUUGGCGUGCUCCUCAACUACAUUUUCAUCAUGUCAGCGUCCUUGCGUGGGCGCGCUCCACUUCCCUACAUGUUGCCCGACGUGUUUGCGUCGCGCAACCAAGUGCUGGCCAACCUGCACCAGCUGGCCCACGCCCAGGAGCACUUCCUCCGAGCAAGCGAGCACUCCCUGAUCGGCUUUGCCGUGUUUGCCAUCCACACGCGUCUUCUCAUGGAGCAGAUGGAGCGUGUUGGCAUGCUGCUGAAGGAGCUGUACGGCGAGCGCGCGCUCUUGUCCAACGCCUUCGAGCAAAUCGACAGGCAGUUCCAGCAGUACACUCAAAAUCAAGGCGAUGGCAAGGCUGCUUCCCACCCCCACGCCGACUAGUCCUAGGUGGGAUUGUUUGGGUGGAUUGCAUCGUGUUGUAGAAUGGUUUUGCGCUUGUCGUUGUUUUUUUCGACACCUUUCGUUGUCGAGGAUUUUCCGUAGAUCUUUUACGAAUCAAACCCCCCAGACCAGAUUAUCUUUCUUACACACUCGGCAUUCGUGCACCGACUGACGAGCUUUUGUUUUUGACCUUUGUCCAAUACAAGAAUGUGCGAAGACAACUUCAGAC